AUGCUAAAAUCAACAUUGGAGUAUAUUAAGUAUAUCAGACGGUUAGGUGAAACUUUGUUUCAGUUGCUAUCAGAGGCUCUUGGUCUCCAAGAAGACCACCUUGGCUCAAUCGGAUGUGCUAAAGGGUGUAGCAUUGUGUGCCACUACUAUCCAGCUUGCCCCCAACCGGAACUGACUUUGGGAGUAAGGAAGCAUGCAGAUCCAGGUAUACUGGCUCUGCUUCUGCAGAACGAAAUCAGCGGCCUCCAAGUCCUUCAUGAGGGACAAUGGUUUGAUGUUCAACCCAUUCGAGGAGGCUUAGUCGUGAAUAUCGGAGAUCUUCUUCAGAUUAUGUCAAAUGACAAGCUGAAGAGUGUCAAGCAUAGAGUAGCUGACAAUCAUGUUGGCCGUAGAAUUUCUGUGCCAUGCUUUUUUGAAGGACAUGCUACCUUUCUUGACAAGCCGUUCGGCCCAAUCAAAGAGUUGAUAUCAGAGGCAAAUCCUCCUCGAUACAAAGAAUUCCGGUUAAGGGAAUAUAUUGCCAGAUUUUUAUCUAGCUCACUUGAUCAGAACAAGGAUUCAAAUAGCAGUUUAAUCGCGAAAUAA